CCGCACGACGCUGACUCACGCUCACCGAGAACAGCAUUCUUCUUUAGUCUUCACACAGAGUACAAAUUCUCUUCUAGUUAGUACUUGUUUUGUGCACUUUUAUUUGAAUAGCAUUACGUAGACGUUACUCACCCCGAACUUGCAGAGAAGAAGGCGACCUAGACAUAUAUACCAAACGACCAACAUUUUGGGCGAAGAAUGAAGAUGGAACGAGGACGACCAGAGGACCAUCUUCAACUACACCUGCAAAAACGUAGCAUUAUGUGUGGCGAAACAAAGCGAAUAAAGAUGAAGCUCGCGCAUUCUUCCGGGCUUCGGUCUGAGUCGAUGUCUCUUCGUCGCGCCGUAGUGCUUCGAUUCUUCAUCCUGCCGUUGUUCACUGUAGUCGAAGCGCUUCCGCGACCUGCCGUGGAUCCGCAUGCGUACUACGAGUUUCUGUUUGGCUACCCCGAAACAGAAGUUUUCACUCCGCCUGGGCACCGCGCUGACAAUGCCACUAAUUUAGCGAUUAGGAACAACUUCGAUGUCAGCUUUGAAAGGGUGCCGUUCGAACCGAACUACACAAGGACUCCAGAUCAUGGUGGAGGUGGCACGGCAAAUAAUCUUCAAGCUCAGGAUAUUCUGAUUAAAAACGUCCCCACACCAGAGUCAAGUUGGCAAAUCUGCUAGACAAAUCACACAGCUUUGGUCGUUUGGCAUGACAAGUUUGUCCUCGUAGUGUAAUCCUGUUUCGCUAGCUCAGAAGCAUUACAGAUCUAGCCUACCAUACUGAUUCUAGCAUCACAAAUUCCAAAACACGAAUAGAAAAUGCUUCUCAUAGGGCUCCGCAUGAGAAACUUUUUUGGCAUGCAGAAUUGCAUGACAACUCUGGGGUGGAUACGUUUUUACAUAGGAUACAGGAUCCUGCCCUGUCGGAAUUUCUCACCACUUGGGUUGCGAAGCUGAAGAGUCGGCUAUCCUGAGUAAAAACGUACCCACACCAGAGUCAGGAUGGGGAUUUUGCAACACAAACCUAGGACUUUUGUGAGUCACGCAUGACAAGUUGCACUAUGCAGUGUAGUGCAGGUUCGCAAGUGCAGCCGCAUCACAGAUUCAUCUGCUCAUCCUGUUCACAGCAUCACAAAUUCCAAAACACGACUGGAAAUGGCUCUCAUGGGGAUGCGCAUUACAAGCCUUUCUGUCUUUGCAAAUCUGCAUUACAACUUUGGUGUGGGUACGUUUUUACUCAGGAUAUCGGCGGAACAACCGAGAGCUGCAUGCCGGGAAAUUUUCUUCGAUUACCGUGGGAGAAUUUGAGGCGUCCCUGAAGCAGAAGCUCGCGGGAAAAAAAUUCACGGCUUUGUCCGAUACCAAUUCUACCUUCACCGCCAAACGGUUUACCUUGUCCGACGCGAGCACGGACAUCGGACAAGUCACUGCGUCGCACCCGCUGGCCACCAUCCAGGGCGCCAGUCAAAUGAACGGCUUGGAGCAAACGUCGGACAACGCCGACCCGCAUGGCAUUGUGAACUACUUCUCUGACGACACCCAGGGCCCCGCAGUCGCCCUCACCGGGUUCGCCGGGACGCUGUGGCGCAACCACUUUGUGCGGCUCGGGAACACAACUCCGACGAACCGGCGACGUGUUAUCGACGAGACGGCCGCGACCCCGUACGACCCAGCGGACCUGUUUCGGGGGCAGACGGCUGAUAAUCUCGGGCCCGGUGGAAUCAGGCGGCGGUUCGACGAAGUCCAGCAGCUGGACAGCUUCCACGGCGUGUGGGCCGCGAUUCUGCAGGCCGCGGGUUCUGCCACGGACGCAAACGCCGCUGGAUACCCGGUCCGCAACGGGUAUCUGCAAGUUGAUGAUGUCCGAACGGAGUUCCAAAACGCGCGUAGAAGUACUACUACCGGUAACCCGGUCCUCGGGGACGCGCAAAUCGAGCAGAUUUUUCGCGACCGGCUCCGGGUGCACGUCCAAGAGGACACGGAGUUUACGGGCUACCGCGACGCGACUGGUCGCGGCCAACUCGCGCCGGAUUUGGGUGGAGACAUCAAUACCAGCAAGCCUUUCAAGGAAAAGCAUCUGAUUACCCAAGUGUACGGGUCCGGCAUCCCCGGACCCUCCGCGGUCGACGUGGACGAGAUAUCAAAUGUAAAAAUGUCUGGGUCUGGAAGAUUCUAAACUUGUAAUGCUGUCUCUGGAUUCUAAAAAAAUUUGUAUUGCAUGACCAGCAAAAGGGCUCCAGUUUGUGCUACGUGGAGAGGGCAUUUCUCAUGCGGUAGAGGCAUCACAAAGUCCUCUAAAGAUCUGUGAUGCUAGGGCAUGCAUCAGCAUCACAGACAUCAUGGGUCAUUCAAAAUAUGCAUGACAAACCUGGCAAUCUUCCAGACCCAAACACUUUUGUAGUUGAUACGAGAAUGCGCCGAACAACGUGGCGGUUUUCUACAAGAAUUUUCUGCGGUACCAGUACCGUGCGGCCUUCGCCGUCGCACUGCGACAGGCGGUCAAGUAUCGUAUUUAAAAACGUCCCCACCCCAUAAUUGUCAUGCAGAUCUGCAAGCACAAGUGCACUUGUAAUGCGUAUCCCCAUGAUAGGCAUUCCCGAUCGUGUUUUGGAACUUGUAAUGCUGUAAACAGGAUAAGCAGAUGGAUUUGUAAUGCGACUAAACCUUGCUAAACUGCAUUACAAUACGGCCUGCAAUUUGUCAUGAGUGGCUCCCAAACCUUCAAGGUUUGUGUUGCAAAAUCCCCAUCUUGACUUUGGUGUGGGGACGUUUUUACUCAGGAUAUCAAGUGGAACUUCGGGAAGUCGUCGAGAAAGCUGUUUCUGACCGGGCUGGGGUACGGGGUGUGGUCGGGGGGGCAGGAAGCCGCGUUGACGGAGAUUUUGAAAACCGUGAUCGCCGAAGCGUUCUUCGCCUACCGGAACUGCGGCUUGGAGGUUCAGCUUAUCGUCGGAGCGUCGCCGGCGGUGGUGAGCAAUCUGCUGCAGGGGGUGCAAGAGAAAAAGCAGCAAAUGCUCGCGGACAACAAGGACGAUAGCGUCUGUGGACUGGGGUUGAAUGAUCCUCAUCCAGGAGGCAAUUCGCCUGGUGGAGGUUCUCCCGGUGGCGGCGGUUCUGGCGGUGGCGGUUCUGGUGGCGGUGCUGGUGGCGGUGGUGGUGCUGGCACUCAUCCUCCAACAGUUCAUCCAGCCGGCACGCCCAGGAGCAGUUCAGUCACGUACACGCCGAUAGUCUUUUGGGCGCUCUACGGUGUGGUUUUUUUGAGCUUCCUGGUUGCGGGUGUGGUCGUGUGUGUUUGCCUGUUGAAGAACAAGCCAGGCUGCCGUGGUAAGGGUGCACCAGGUUCAUCGGUGGUUGUUAUUGUUAACGAUCAUUAUGCAACUCCACCUCCAGGCGAGCAGCAGGCUCAGUUCAACAAAGGUGCUCCUGAGGGGGACCUCGCUCCAAGACCUGCCGAGGGCCAAGCUUUGCCGGUUCUCAGAGACAGUAGGGAUCUUUCGGAGGAGGUAGAAGAGCCGGGAAUUGGGCAGCCGCUCCUGGUGACGGGAGAGCGGGAAGAUGUGGUGUAAAUAAAUGCGGGGCGGUGGCGUUGUAUUUACUAGGAGGGGUUCUAUGCCGGCAUUCCAGCGCGAGCGCGCAAAGCGGUCCUACAUCCUUCCUGCUACCUCGAUCUGAAUAAAUGUUGCGACGAUCAUUCUAAGUUCCAGUCAAUGUGGCCAGGAAGCAGGAUGUUUUUGAAACGCGACAGUGUACUCAGUCUCUAUUGGUCUUCAUUUGAGUACACACGUACGUAUGUGAAAAUCACCCGCUUUCUAUUUUCUUUUCGUCAGAAGUGAAGGGCGACUUGUGUCUGCUCUUCAAACACCUUCCUUACUACAUAGAAUCAUCGAGGAGCGGGUAUGCACGUGCUCUUUGCAGGGUCCGUGUGCAAACAAGCGAAAAUGACGAAAAUGUUAUAUGAUACUCCACAGUAAAAG